AAUUAUCAAAUAUAGAUUUGGACAGUAAAAGGCCAGAGGUCAAGACGCAAGCGCCAGCGCCUCUCGCCCGUCCUCAACCGUCCUUAACCCCUUGCGCUGGGCCAUAUACAGUUCUCUAUAAGAAGGACGUCUCACCACGCUACACAUGCUAUUUAUAUCCAGUAGUAGCCAGCGUUACUAGUUUCCGUGCAAACCAAACCAUGCGCGGGCUCCUCUUCUCUUGCCUUCUGCUAGCGGUGUUGCUGCUCUCAGCAGCAGUCGUUCACGCGCAGCCCGCUUUGACAACGAACCGCAAGUCACCCAGCCCCAAGCCUAGCCCCAAGCCCAGCCCGCCCAAACCGCCCAGCCCGCCCAGUCCCAAGCCGCCCCCGAAGCCACGGCCGAGCCCCAAGAAGAAGAGCCCCAAGCCGAAAAAGUCACCGCCCCCGCCCGCCUUCGUUCGUGCGAAGAACGGCAUCCGCCUGGUGGACGGCGCAGGGCCCCGCGGCCGCCUGGAGGUUUCGUCCACGGACGGCUGGGUGUCGGGCUUGUAUGAUGGGUCGGUGGCGUGGCGGCCGCUGUGUGACAGCGGCGUCUUUGAUGACUACACGGCGCAGACCAUGUGCGAGAUGCUGGACUACAAGUAUGGCAGGAAGUACUACACAGCCAAGGUGGCGUACCCCAACUCGUACAACAAGUCCGAGUAUGCCUCCCAAGACCCUUUGGACUACUUGUCCUGCUACUCUAACUCCCCCGACGGCGCCCGCCGCAUGCUCCACGCGGGCUCCAGCGCAAGCCACACCCUCAACACCGCUGGCGCCGCUGCUAUGGGCGAGGAGGAGGGCGCGCACCGCGAGCUGCGUGGCGGCGGGCAUGCCCGCAAGCUGACAGCCCCGCUGCGCGGCGACGUCAACACCCCGCCCGAGUCGCCGUACUCGUGCGCGUUCCGGCUGGGUGAAUGCACCUACGAUGGCCCGCUGGUCGGCAUCGAGUGCUCCAUGACCGAGUUCCCGCCUGCGCCACCACCGCCGCCGUCGCCCCCCAACCCUCCUCCUGCCCCUCCGCCCAAGUCCGGGAAGAUCCGUCUCAUUGGCGGCAGCUACAUGCCCGGUGACAUUGAGCCCAACUUGUGCAACGCCGGCUCUGACGUCUGGCCGGACUGCCAAGGGUUCGGCCGUGUGGAGGUGCAGGUGCCGGACGCUGGCGGCAAUCUCAUCUGGGCGCCCCUGUGCCCGGCCUUCGACGGUGACGAGUCGUUCGUGGCAGACGUGGCGUGCAAGCAGGCGUUUGACUGGCCCGAUAAACCCAAGCCCUCUUUCUUUGUCAGCGGCAACCCGUUGCUGCCAGGCUGGACCAUUCCUACAAGCCCGGUGACCAACGCAGCGUACUUCAACCCAGCCGCGUACACGGGCUGGGCGUCCAUUGUGGGCGGCGACGUGACCACCGCCCUCUCCCUUCAGGAGCUGGACCUGCAGGUGACGACCGAGCCCUGCCCGACCGGCUACAUGUUCGCCGUGUACUGCCAGAUUAGCAUGUAGGAGGUUUCAAUAUAUGUUGUAGCUUGCUUUCAAGUGGCUUUGCGUAUCUACAUAGGCGUGCGGUUCCCCGGCAGCACGAGGCUCCCAGACGUGUGGGCGCCAUGCAGCCGCCAGAAGCAUUCAUUUUAAUACGCGCGCUAGGCAUUCAUCUCUCCUUUCUUAAAAGUUGGGCCCAAAUGCUAAGUUGAAUUGAAAAUUGAAACAAAUGUUGUACAAAUGUUUGCAGCAGUUGCAGUGGCCCGUCCGUUAGCAGCGUGUUGUGCACCAGCGGAGUGUGCUUUUUUGUGUCCCAACAUAGAGGCGUGUGCUUAGUAGGCGCCCGCGUCAAGGUGGCUGGGUUGAUAACGACCCGGGAUCAGCCCUUUUCCUGCCAUAAGGCAGCCACCUCCUUGUUUGUGUUGCCCCGGCCGUGCGUCCAGUAGUUGCAGGCGUGCUGUGGUCUGCUGGCAUGAGGCGUACUUACAAUAUGACAAUUGAUGGCGCUGGUGGUGUGGAGCGAGGCGCACGGCGCAUGCCGUAGCUGUGCAUCUAGGUAUGCCUUCGUUCGGUGCAUUAGAUACAAAUUGCGAAUGCAUACGGGCAGUGUGUGCUUGAGGAGAGCGGGUGGAGACGCCUAGCGUCCUAGCAAGGCGCGUCAACCCACUAGGCAAACCGUUAUGUGGCUUGCCUGGGGUUUUCCACUCAUGACUUCCUCAGGCGCUUAUCGACGGCACUUCAGGCAGGGGUGCGUUUCACCAUAUGGCAGCGGGGCACGUCAUCAGGGGUUCAUCAGCACGGGGGAUGUCGUGACAGGGGCUGCCCACACGCAUCCACCCUACCCUAUCUGUGUACUGCACCCCCUGACUGCCCCUGAGCUAGCAAGGACUGACACGACGUGGGGGCAGGUCAGGGGAGGUGUCAGAGGCCAGCGCGUAGUGUAGUGGCUGGCGUGCUGACACCGGAAUCCGCUCAAAGGUUACGGCCUCUGAAAACGAUAUACUGCAGGUAGCAAUUUAGUUAAUUGGCUAGGUGCUGCCCCACCAUCUCCAAGCUACAGGGACGCGUUCGCCUGCUGCGACGCUGCCAGCUUGGCUGCCGGCAAAGUUCGUUGUGCCUACCCUGUUGUGCGGCGGCGUCGAGAUCAAUAACGCACAUGUGCAUACAGCAUGCAGCCCCGCCCGUCCGUAGCUGCUUGCAGGGCGCAUGCGAACGGUGGCGUUGCUAAGGGACUUCCCAUCUGUCGAAGCUAACUUCGUCGGAGCUUCCGCCCGUCCUUGCUCGAACUUGCUCGAACAGGGGACCGGCGUUACGGGGUCUGGAGCGAGACGGCGGUUGGGUUUCACACGUAGCACACACCAGGCGUAGCGAUACAUGACCUGGACUGAAGACACGCACUUAUAUUGCGCUUGUUGCGGGCCCGGCCGGCUGCGCGGCAGAGAGUGUGGUAAGGGUUACGAAAUCGCCCAGAUUAGG